UUGAAAGCCUGGAAAAACCUCAAGCGAAGCCCCGACGUCCCUCUCUUCUUCCUUAUUGAUUCUCCCUCUAUAUUUAUUUGUUUGUUUGUUUAAUUAUUCUCCCUUCUCCUCCCCCGGCGGGUGGGGAGGAGGAAGGGGCCGGCUCAGGUGUGGCAUUAGGACCCAGCGGAGCCCCCGCUGGGUGGUUGGAGGGUUGUGGGGUUGGUUUUUUUUUGUUUUGGUUUGUUGGGGUUUUUGGUUUUUUUUUAAUCCUUCUUCACUCUCGUUUCGGAGGGUUUUUGGGAAAGCAGAAAGAAGAAACCCAGGCGGUGGGCAAGGGCAGGAGCAGCACCAACCCCAGAGAGAUUCCUCCGGCUGCAUCCCGGCAGGAUGAGAGCAGUGGGGUUCUUCUUGCUGGGUCUGCCAGCAGUGCUCCUGGUCCAGGGUCAGUACAGCAGGUUUGAAGGCAUCACCUACCCAGAGCCAGUCCAGUAUUCCCAGUACGACCAGCAAGCAGAAAUUCAGGAUUAUUACGACUAUCACGAUGUCACCCCCCGUGCCCCCGAGGAGCAGUUCCGGUACCAAUCCCAGCAGCAAUCCCAGCAGGAAGUUGUGCCAGCCCCAACCCCAGCUGCUGCCCCUGAGACUGAGCCCACGGAGCCAGGCCCCCUCGACUGCCGGGAGGAGCAGUACCCCUGCACCCGGCUCUACUCCGUCCACAAGCCCUGCAAGCAGUGCCUGAACGAGAUCUGCUUUUAUAGCCUGCGCAGGGUUUACGUGAUCAACAAGGAGAUCUGUGUCCGCACUGUCUGUGCCCACGAAGAGCUGCUGAGAGCUGAUCUCUGCCGUGACAAGUUUUCCAAGUGUGGGGUGAUGGCCACCAGCGGGCUCUGCCAAACCGUGGGUGCCUCCUGCGCCCGCAGCUGCGGGGGGUGCUGA